AUGGACCCGCGAGGCUAUUUGAAGAGCUACGGAUGGAUCGAGGGGGAAGCGUUGCAGCAGGGAGGCCUGAAGAGACCUAUUUUGGUUACUCAUAAGAAGAAUACGUUUGGAAUAGGACACACGAGUAAUCAAGCUGAGGCAUGGUGGGAGAAGAUGUUUGACGGACAGCUCAAAUCGCUGGAUGUGACGAGCAACAAUGGUGCUGUUAGUUUUGUUCAGGAUGCACAGUCCCUUAAGGAAUUUGCCAAAAGCCAGUCACCGCUGUACAGGAUGUUCGUGAAAGGGGGGCUGCUGCAAGGAACGAUAAAAAAAGAACCGGAAAUAGAUAGAACAGGAAGCGAAGAACUGAUGAUAUUUGAUCUGGGUGACAAGUCGAAGACGAGCGAAAAGAAGUGCAAAAAAGAUAGAAAGGAAAGAAAACAUAAAGAGAAGAAAGAUAAGCAUAAAUCUAAGAAGAAGAGCAAGGUGAAAGAUGGGAAGAUAAAAAAAAAGCACAAGUCCAAGACAUAA